CCGCAACCUCAUACAAUUGAAAUUCCUACUCCCGACGACCUAGGUGCCUUUGGUAUUCCGACCGACGACAUCACAAAUCAGACAAAAUGCUGCAGGAGCUAAGAAGCAAAAGAAGAAGGUCCAAGGGAAAGGUCAAGGACAAGGCCCAGCACGCCGUCAUCCUCGACAAGGCCACCUCCGACAAGCUCUACAAGGAUGUUCAGUCCUACCGCCUGGUGACCGUCGCCGUCCUCGUCGAUCGCCUCAAGAUCAACGGCUCCCUGGCCCGCAGAUGCCUUGCCGACCUUGAGGAGAAGGGCAUCAUUAAGCCCGUCGUCCAGCACAGCAAGAUGAAGAUCUACAGUACGUCGAACCUAUAGUGCUACGAGAGAACCCAACGAGGAGCACCAAAGCUAACAUUCAUCACCAGCCCGUGCCGUCGGUGGUACUGACUAAACCCGCUCAGCCAUUGAACGUGGUACGCGUGACGACAAAAACAAAAAGCAACGGGAAUCAGGGACGGAUUUGGUCA